AUGGACGUUUACGAGGGUUUGGCACCGCUUGAUGCUGGAAAGUUUUUCUACGAAUUCAUGGAGCUACCACAUCUGGUGCGGAGAGACGAGGAUCUUGAAGAGGACGAAACGGAAUCCUAUGGUUUGAAGCUCGCCUCGUCAUCUGUGAACCAUGACAGUUGUAUCACAUGUCCUACUAGUUCACCAUCGUGUCCUUCUUGUGCUGAUGAUGAGGAAUGUGUACAGAUCACGCAGACUUGCACAUCGUGUCCCAAGACCUAUUGUGCUAAAGGGAGCAGUUCUCUGGGGAAUUAUACCUCGGGUUCUUCUUCUUCGAGCUCUUCAACUUCAUCCUCUUCAUCUUCCCAUAUGAGUUCGGCGAAGAUCGGUGGAAUAGCCGGGGGUGUGAGUGUGGGUGUGUUUCUGAUCUUUGGGGCGCUCAUGUUCUUUGCAUGGAAAUACUACUUCAAAAACAAGUUUUUCUUUCAUCGCGAACAGCUUUACGAUCUCGAUGAGGACGAGGAUGGGAAUAAGGUUGGUGAUAACGCUGGUCUGCUUGAUGGUACGGAGAAGAGAAUGUCUCAAGUGACAGUUGGAUCUAAGGCAAACUCCGUACUCACCAAGGCUUCCAACAUCAUCAACGUGGCCUACAUCCCUGGUGUUACAAUCAGAAAGGGUGUUAGCCGUGCUCCUGCAAACUCGAUAUAUAGCCGAGAGUCUUACUUUUCCGAUCUGGAGAACGCUUCUAUCCAUGGUGCCUCGAUAGGCGAGAAUAAAGCAGCCGAUACCACCACCACGGCCAUCAGGGCGGUGCCGAAACUGGUGAGUGUGAACGGUCUUGCUUCUGAAGAAGAUGAUGGAAUACCGAUGACGGCGACCUCUGUGGCAAGUUUGGGGGGUGUGAGACUCACGCCUAUGAACGGAAAAGCCUCGAACUCGAGGUUCCAGCCUGGUUUACAAAAUGACUACAUUUUGGAGGACGAAGAAGAAGAAGAUGACGAACAUGAUGACGACCACGAUGUUUUCUCGGAUCAGGAUGAACAGGAUGAGGACGAAGACGAUGACGUCUCUGACUCGGCCUCUGAGUCAGACUCCGAUGACAGUUCGUACCUGCGUUCUUCUGAUGAAGAAGACAUCGACUUGAUUGCCGAACAGCAUGUGGAGAAGAUGAAAAACAAGGCUUUGAGCGAGAUGGGAGGUGGGUCUUCCCAGUUCAGGACUUUAAAUCCAUCUGCGGUUGGUUCGUCUGGUACUACCAUCAGGGGAUUCGGGGGUUCUCAGGGUUCGCACGGAGUGUCAUCGAAUCUGGCUCAAUUACGCGAAGGUAUACCCAUUGAGCUAGUGGUUUCUGAUGAGGAAAAUGACAAGGAUGAUGACAACACAAAUGGCAGUUUUAUGUUAACGGUGGACUUUGACCAGGGCGCUUUCCAAAGUCAAAGUAGCCACAAUACUGCUGCCCAAAGUCCGUUUGAUGACAAGUUUAGAACUGAUUGA